GACAUAUUUGACAGUGACUGGUAUACCUCCCGCAGUCUCAUUGGAGGAGCUGAUAUUAUUGUGAUUAAAUACUCCGUCAAUGAUAGGACUUCGUUUCAAGAACUAAAGGACAGUUAUGUCCCAAUGAUAAAAAAAGCAUUAAAUCACUGCUCAGUUCCAGUGAUAAUUUCUGCUAUUGGUGCAAGAAAAAAUGGAGUGCCUUGUACCUGCCCCCUGUGCGCAUCGGACAGAAGGAGCUGUGUCACCACUGCCGAAGGAGUUCAGCUUGCCAAGGAACUAGGAGCCACUUACCUUGAGCUGCACACUCUUAAUGACUUCUACAUACAGAAGUACUUUGGAGGCGUGCUGGAAUAUUUUAUGAUCCAAAGUUUGAAUCAGAAGUCAUCUCAAAAAAUGAAGAAAAGGAAAAAGAUGCCGAAGUGUCAUCGAGUUCAACCACCUCAGCUUGAACAGCCAGAAAAAAUGCCAAUCUUGAAAGGUGAAGCCUCACACUACGAUGCGGACCUGCACAACCUGCUCUGUUGCUGUCAGUGCGCGGAUGUGGCGUUCUACCCCGAGGACCUCAGCACAGUGGUGGAGGCUCACAAGGUCAUCCUCUGCUCUGUCAGCCACCUCUUCAUGCUGCUUUUUGAAGUGAAAAGCCCUGUGGACAUCUGUGAUGCCUCCAUCAUGCAGAUGGCGCAGAGCCUUUUCACAGUGGAGGCAGAGGCUGCCUUCCCACAGGCGCCCCGUGGCAUCCCACCCUGCGUCCCUCUGGUGAGGGUGGUGGUGAAGGACUCUGCCUUCUGCUUGUGUCUCCCAGACAUCCUCCACUUCAUCUAUUCAGGUACCCACUGGGAAUGGGUCUGGCUACUCAAUUCUGAUACAGCUGAUGUCUUGUGA